AUGCAUUUCCGUUCAAUACUCCCUCUGCUCAUGAGCAGCCUGUACGCCUCACAAGCCGUCGCCGAAGCAUAUGGAGACUGCUGCAUGUGCCAUUACGUUGCGCUCCAGUGGCUGUGCGUAAAAUGGAACGAAGAAGCGGACUCUCUUUCCUGCGGACUCGGCGGACCGUUCCCACAGGGAUCAAAGUGCACAGUCGACAGAUUCUACCAGCCAGAGAACCGCCUCCAAGCAAAUGUCUCCCUGUACAUGGGCGCAAACGAGUCACCAUAUCGCCUAGAUCUGGGCAUCAACCCUGGCAACUGCAAGGUGUGGAAGGAGUUCCCAACACAGUGGACUGGCUGGGGCGCCUACAUGUUCAACGGCGGCGAGAUCUCGUCACAGGAAAUGAGUGUUUGA